AUAAUUUUGGAGAGUGAUGAAAGAAUCAUAAAAAAAAAACCUAAUUGAUUCUAAAAAAAAAAAAGGUUUAAUAACAAUCAAACAUGUCGGAUUAACAUGUAUUAAAUUUCUGCCUGAGCUCUGUAGGGUCAAUGUCCAAGCAAGCAGGUUCCUCCCACCAGCUGAUACCACUUAGCCGGCUGAUUAGGGGGACAAACAGGUGGGAUGCAAAACUACAAGUGAUCCUCUCCCUUCAGCAGAGGUUUUCACUAAUUUCUCCUAUAUGCCUGUGUUUUAGAAAGCAAAUAAACAAAGGGGGGAAAAAAGCAUAAUAAAAGAAAGCAUUUUUUGUUGCUGUAUGUUUAGCCCACAGAAGGAGGUCCCACUGAGCUUUUAGUGGUUAUUAGUCGAGCUUCACACUAGGAGGGGCUGAGCUUCCAGCCAGAGCCCUCAACCGGUCACUCUCUGUUCACAAACAUCGGAGUAAGUCUCUGUAAUUGAAGAGAAAAGAAAGGCUGAAACGAAAGGCUAGACCAAGAAUCUGUACCAGUUAUGGACAGUUUCCUGGAUAAUCUCUCAAAAUCUGAAUUUGUAAGCAUUUGUGUUCAAGAACCAAGACUUCACAAAGAUGACCUUUGGCACACUUAUGUCGACUACGAGAUCUGUUUACAUACCAACAGCAUGUGUUUUCGAAAAAAGGCUUCUUGUGUAAGGAGGCGUUACAGUGACUUUGUUUGGCUGCGCAAUUGUCUGCAGAGAAAUGCUCUGAUAAUAGAAUUGCCCAAACUGCCACCUUGGAACCCCUUUUUUAGUUUGAAGAACAAAGAGCAGGUAUCCAAGAGAAUGAACGGCCUACAGGAGUUUUUAGAAAAAGUACUUCAGAAUCCCCUACUGUUAUCAGACAGUCGGCUCCAUCUCUUCCUGCAGUCGGAUCUCAGCAUCACAAAGAUUGAAAGGUGUGCGCUUGGUAAGACCAGGUACACGGUAGCUGAGGCUAUUCAACAGUCCAGAGGUGGAUUUUAUAGCGGUUCAGAUGACAAGAAUUCUUGUGACUCGGAUUGUGAAAGCUCUGCAUCUUCGGGUCUGGGAUUAAGCAUAGACUCCAAGGCUCAAGAAAGUCCUGUCCUCUUCCAUCAUUCAUCUGAAAGAGAUCCAUAAUGGUGUGGUCUCUUAGAAUUUGUAUUGAAACCAUAACGUCUUCCUUCUGAGUAUAAAUCAUUGUUUGCUGUUUGUGAUGCACCUUCCAGCUCUUUGUAUCCACCAAAAGGUGCAUAGAUUUUAUUUCUAAUAUCCUGCUUAGGCCAUCAUUUUUUAUAAUGUGCCUCAUUGUACUAUGAUGUAAAGACCUCACUUAUUGAAGUGCUAUAUUUGUCGGGGGGGAUUGAUUAUAUUUAAAAAAAAUGUAUAAUGAAUGUCAUGGAGAAAUCUUAAAUAUUUCUGAUACAUUUUAUUUGUGCUCAAUGUUGCCCUGUUUUGGCAAGCACAUUUUGAAUUUUUUUUUUAUAUUCACUUCUUUGUUUAUGAUCUGCCAAAGGAUAAAUA